AUGGCAACUGGGUUCUUUUAUUGGAAUUGUGGGGCGGUGGGGGGAGAGGGUGGUGGUCUCCGCGGCCGACCCUCCUUGAACCCCGGGCGGACCUGGCUCAAGGGCCCGCACCCGCCUGGGCCGGAGCGGUUGUGCAACCCUGUAACCCCCCUGCAAGACAAAGAACUCUACACGCAGAAUGGCAUCUUACAUAUGUUGGACAGAAAUAAGAGGAUUGAGCCACAGCCAGAAAGAUUCCAGAACUGCAGAGACCUGUUCGAUCUGAUCCUCACGUGUGAAGAGAGAGCGUAUGAUCAGGUGUUGGAAGAUCUGAAUUCCAAAGAGCAGGAGACCUGCCAGCCGGUGCACGUCAUCAACGUGGACAUCCAGGACAGCCACGAAGAGGUCGCCUUGGGGGCAUUCCUCAUCUGUGAGCUGUGUCAGUGCAUUCAGCACACGGAGGACGUGGAGAACGAGAUUGAUGAGCUGCUUCAGGAGUUUGAGGAGAAGAGCGGCAGAGCCUUCUUGCACACGGUCUGCUUCUACUGA